AAACGGCGGCCGGGAGGGGGCUACUGGGACCAUGGGGCUUCUGACCAUUCUGAAGAAGAUGAAGCAGAAAGAGCGGGAGCUGCGACUGCUCAUGCUAGGCCUGGACAAUGCUGGCAAAACAACCAUCCUCAAGAAGUUCAACGGGGAAGACAUCGACACCAUCUCCCCGACACUGGGCUUCAACAUUAAGACCCUGGAACACCGGGGAUUCAAGCUGAACAUCUGGGAUGUGGGCGGCCAGAAGUCCCUGCGGUCCUACUGGCGGAACUACUUUGAGAGCACCGACGGCCUCAUCUGGGUGGUGGACAGCGCCGACCGGCAGCGCAUGAAGGACUGCCAGCGGGAGCUCCAGAGCCUGUUGGUGGAGGAGGAUUUGUCCGGGCUUCAAUCCCCCAGUUCACGCUUUACCAACAACCGUGAACUUUUUAGACGCUCCCUGGCCGCCCGCCUGGGCCGAGAACUGCGCCGUCACUUGCGACUGCUCCCUAGGCCCAAGGAAGGAGGGCGCAAGCCCGGCUGA